GAUGCUUUCUCUCACCACGCCCACAUCACCAUGAGGGCUUUCCUUUCUCUACUGCCGUGGACUUCUUGGGAACAAAGAAAAGAAUACAAACUCUGCUAUUCAGAUUCUCAUACCAAGACCACUGCAACCAGCAGCGUGAAUGCUUGAUCUGAACCAGGUGACCCUGGUAGCUGACAUGGCAUCUUCUCUGAAGGUCUGGGGCAGUCUUGUGGCUCUCCUCUGCCUCCAGUGCAGGCUACUUGUUCAUGGCCAUGACAUUUCCAGGAAGGAGUUUAUGGCAGAGCACUAUCUAAAUCCAAGCCAACAAUUUCAUGUGUACAGAUGUGAUGUACUUAUGAGGGAGAAAGCUCUGAAACACAAGACCUCUCACCUGUUCAUUUAUGCCUCCUGGUACAAAAUCAAGCAAGUAUGCAAUAGUGUCAACUGGAAAAAGCUUUACAGAAAUGCCUACAUAUGGGCCCAGACUCCCAUCAAAGUGCUCAAGUGCCACUGGAAUAGUUUCACAAAUAGCUACAGAGAGAUCAGGAGCUACAGCUAUGUUCAGUUCCAUUGUAAUAUGGAUGGGUAUGUGGAAAGCAUAGAAGACAUGAAGACUAUAGACACUGUCUUCUACUAGAAAGACUGUGUCAGCCCCAGGGCUUUGUUGUUGUGAUGUUCUUGUUUAUUUUUUUUCAGAUUGGUUCUUGCAUUUUUGCUUAAGCUGCCCUUGAAUCAAAAUCCUCCUAUCUAUGCCUCCUGACCUGCUGCAAUUAUAGGUGUGCACUACUCUGCUGUGUUCCAGAUUUGGGGAGAGUAUUUAGUAGUUCUCAAGUGGUGCCUCCAGCCUAUAUAGCCACCAUUACUCCUUGAUUUGCAUUUGUGUAUCAAUGUUUUUCAAUCAUUUGUUAUGUAUCACAUAGAUUUUUGAAAGUACAAAUUUGUUUUACAGUGUUCUUUGUGUAGAAUAUGACUCUGUCCUCAUUUACUUAAUUCACUUCUGCUUUUUUAUUGUUGU